CCCAGGGAGGAGGAAGCAGUUGGAUUUGGAAAUGCAGAGGCAGUGGAUGGAGAGAUUGUUUCCUUGGCAAGGUAUUCUGACCUUCAGAGUAGCCUUGCUUGUUUGCACAGCAAGAAGCUUGUCUGCCCAGGCCACUUGUCCUGAUAUCAUUGUGACUCAGCAGCUUCUGAAAGAAGGAUUUCACAGAGAGCUGCUAACAAGAGUAGAACUUGGAGCAGGGGAGGAGGCCAUAGGAAGCUGCACUGUGGCAAUAAAAGAACACCUCCCAGCAGGACUAUAUGUGGAUCCCUAUGAGCUAGCAUCACUGCAGCAGCACAACCUAACUGAGGCUCUGAUGAUUGCAGAUACUAUUGAUGUGGAAUCUCCUGAGUAUUUAGCCACAGACCUUGCCAUUCUUGUUUACAUGAAACCUGACCCUCAGUGUGAUCGCUGUUUUAAAGCCAUGUUGCCUGUGCACAGCCGAUAUCACCGGCCAUCCAAGGAUGAUGGUGAAGCAAUUGCUGUCCUAAAGAAUCCAGAAAUACUGAUCUAUUGCCAUAAAAGUUUCCCAUCACUUGAAUGUUGGAACUAUUCUGAAGUGGAAGCUCCAUGUUCAGUGAGAAAUGGGCAUACCUGUCAUUGGAGCAAUGUGACAUAUAAACCUGUAAAUAAGGAAGUGAUACUGCUAGUGCCAGUGGGGCUCAAACAGCAUGGUGCCUUGGUAUGUGCGGGGACUCUUCUUACCACAGUCCUGUGUUCCUGUUUAGUUCUUGCAGCUGUAUGCAAACAUGGACCCUCUUCCUUGGUGCACUGCUCAGAGUAAAACUGAACAAGACAUUGUAGCUGGAGUCAGUCUGAAACAGUAAUGAAUACCAUGCAAACUGAGUCUGUUCUGUAUAGGGUUCUAUGAAUGGAAUGCCAUUUGUUUAUCACCUUUACAACAGUAAUGCCUAGAGGACCCAUCUGAGAUCAUGACUCUCUUGUGCCAGGCACUGUAUAAACACCUAAUAAGAGACCAUCCCUGCACUCAAGAAGGUGCAUUCUAAAUAGACAAAGCAGACAAAAGUUUCAGAGAAUGUAACUGAAAAAACUUCAAAAAUAAUGAAUAGUAUUGCACCACCUUAGAGACUAGCAACAAAUGUAGAUGAACAAAGAAUGGGAGGGAGAACUAAGAUGUACAGAUGAGGUGAUCUGCCCAAAGUCAUUUGGCAGAGCUGGGAAUAGAACUCAGGUCUCCUGACUCCUAAUCUUGUAUUCCCUAAGUGCAAGACCACUGUGCCUCUCAUUAAAUAUUAUUCUUCCAGGAUUUUAAACUAGCUGACUUGACAGACUGAUUAUUAUAAUCAGAGAAACAGGUUCCCUGGUCUCUGUACCUUUGAGUUAUAAACUGAAACAUAAUCCAACUCUAUUGUAUUUUAAUUUGUUUUGUGAGCUACAUAUUUACCUGGAACAGAAAAGGAUUUCCAAGCAUUGUAAAGAUAUAAUGGUCCCUGUUUUAUUAACAGUGACCUGUAGGAGGCAGCCAGAUUUAUGUGAUUUUUAAAGAGGCCCUAAGAAUUUGGAAGAAACUUCUAGAUGUUUACUGCGUAAAUUAGAACAGGACUAGUAACUUUGAUGUUUCAGAGGAAAUAACAGAGCCUCAUCCGAACAGGAAUUAUUUUGAGGAAAUUUAAGGCAUGUGUUACGCAGGAAGUCAGACCGAAUGACCACAGUGAUCCCUUCUGGCCUUGGUAUCUAUGAAAUGAUGCUAAGCUGGAAUAGAGGACUUGGAAGACUGGAGGUAAUCAUCAGCGCUGUUAAGAAAUACAAGGAAACAGAGAGGAAAUUGCUUCAUUAAUGGAAAAACUGAGGUGCCUCAAUGGUUCUUACAUUUGUCAUCCUAAAUGUAUCUUGUUUCUGUUGUUUGUCAGUAGGGGGCAUUAUGAGUUUAAGAUAACUCAUAGGGCAGAUUUUUACUUUGUUUCUGUAUACGUAGAGGAUAUUAAAUAUAGGUGGUUUUGUUAUUAAACUACAGAUGCAAUAAAAAGCAGAGGUCCUGGCUUUCAAAUUCUGUUCAUAUAUCCAUGUGUGGCCUGUAGUUGUGCAGCCUAAUCCUUGCUCUGUCAGCAGGAUUGGCCUUUCCUCUUCCUCCACAGCUAUAUCUUCUGGAAUUCCUGGGCAUCUUUCCUCAUCUCCGUCUGACACUCAAUAAAGAACUUGUCUUGUAA